AAGUUGUCAUUGUCACUUGUGCCACUUUCCACUUCUUAAUACGAUUUGUGAAGUAGUAGUGUGCUGGAUUUCCUUUCGCGUUUGCGAGAUAAAAUCAAUAAAAGAGAAUAAAAAUUGGGCGUAUCCUGUACCCACAAGCUUACGUGUAAAGUUGGGGUAUUUAAACGUUAUCACGUUUUUCGCCAAGUUUUUUUCGAGGAUGGUUCAAAAAGGACCUCGGCCAUUGGUGCUUUGCGGCCCAUCAGGGUCAGGAAAAAGCACCCUAUUAAAACGUCUACUUAAAGAAUUCCCGGAUAAAUUUGGGUUUAGCGUUUCGCAUACAACAAGGGCUCCACGUCCGGGAGAAAAAGAUGGAGUUCACUAUCAUUUUACCAAUAAAGAUGACAUGCUUGCUGCUAUUGAAAAGGGCGAAUUCCUAGAAACAGCAACGUUUAGUGGAAAUAUGUAUGGAACAAGUAAACAAGCAGUAGAACAUGUUCGGCGAACUGGUAGGAUUUGCGUACUAGACAUUGAAAUGGAAGGGGUAAAACAAGUAAAGAAAACCGACUUGGAUCCACUUUUGGUGUUUGUAAUGCCACCCUCUAUUGAAGAACUUGAGAGACGACUGCGUGCACGGAAUACAGAACAAGAAGAUGCAUUGAAAAAGAGAUUGGAGACAGCCAGACGCGAAAUUGAAUUUGGAGAACAGCCUGGGAACUUCCACAUCAUAAUUCUCAAUGAUAACUUGGAUAAAGCCUAUUCAGACCUUUGUGAAUUUAUUUCAAAAAAUGUUCCGGAAAAAGUGGAAGAACCUAAUAAUUCAAAUGAAAAUUGAAAUGGAUGAAUUUAUGGAAAAUGACAACCUACCUCUACAAAUCACAACAAGGAUGUAGAUUUUAUGUAUGUGUGUUAGAAAGUUGUUGAUGCUUUUGUUAUCGGCUUAAUAGUUUUGAUGUUGCAGACCUUGAGGAAAGAUUUUACAAAUGAAAAUGUUUUAUUAACAAUUUCUGCAGGGUACUACAAUAUAUAACAAAAGUAUUUAUUGAUACGGUCAUAUCGAUGUAUUGUAAUAAUGUAACAGUUUGUAUUCAUUUUUAUUAAACAGUGAUGAUGAUUUCAGAAGACUUAAUCCAACGAUUUUAAUGAAUUUUAUAUUAAAUUUUGGUUUUGGGUAAAUUAACUCAUUAAAUUCUUUUAUUAUUCUCAUAUAGCUACUCUAAUAAGUGUAAACUCAAUGAGAUUAUUUUGGACGCUAUUUGCAAAGGUCAAUUAAACAAUAUUGUUACGUUAUUACAAUAUAUGUACAAAAUUUAAGCGAAAGAUUAUAAAUACUUAACAAUCAUAAGUCCAUUUUAAAUAUGUAUGUUUACUAACAUCACACUUCUUUCUUGGUUGUACUUGUGACUUAGCUUGAUGAAAAUAUAUAGAAUAUUUGUAUAUUAGGUAAAUUUUUACACGAAUCACACUGACAGCUUUGAAACAUACUAAAAGUAACUUUUUUCUACCCAACAAACAUUUAUUACUUUUUCUAACGAAAAUAAAAUUAGAACAAUGUAAUUUUUAAAUAGUGAAAGUUAUAUUGGAAUUAAAUAUUCUUAGCUGUUAGGGUUGAUCAUGUAAACAUCCAGUGUAAAUAGAUGCAUGUAUAAUUUUAUGCAUGUCUUUAUUCUCAUUUACUAAUAAAGUAUGUACCUGAAGUUUUUUUUUAAAUAAUUGAAUAGUAUGUGCAAUAGUUCUUUUAUUCCAUGUAUAACUGUAAACAUAAUCAGCUUAAAAUUUUCUGUAAUUUAUCGUCAGUUAUUUUUUUUUUUAAUAAUAAUCUAUCUCGAAUACUAAAUAAAUUUUCUAGUAAUAAAACAAUUUUUAAAUAAUAUGUAGUAAUUAAUGCGAUUGAUUUUAUAUUCUUAAAAAAUCGGUACUUAUUUGGCUUUACUAAUUUAACAAAUGAUAGUUUUAAUUCGCAAUUUCAAUACACAUGAUAGAUAUUGUCGAUUUUACCUUGACGGCUCUUAACUUCGGGCGAGUCGCUGCGCAGAACACAAUGUAGGUGAUGCGGGGGAAGGGCACAGCCCUUCACAGCAAUGACCUUGAGCCGCUAAGAUAUUUGACGAUAAUUAUACCUAUACUAUUAGCUAUGCGAUUUUACCUUUAAAAGGGUCACCUGAAAAUGAAUUGCAAUAUUAUAUAGUCAUAUUAAAUGUUCAAGGCUCAUAGAACGGCAAAAGUUAAUAUUUCACAGUCCAACUGUCUUAAAAAUCAGAAAAUAUGUUUCGCUCUGCCACUCUAUUUAGUUUAAAAGACUAUAUGGGGUUUAUUAAUAAUUUAUAUAUAA